AUGGCUGCUCUUCAGAAACACGCUGUUGAAUUCAAGGAUCCACGAAGCGUAGAUCUCAGGCUUCACAGUGGUCAUCACGCCGGCAGAGAAGUAGAACCCACGAAGGCUCCGAUAAACGGACCAAAAGAAGAGCUGGAUUCGGAGGAGCGGUCCCCGGAGGCGAUGCAGGUUAUGCCGGUGGCGGUGCACGUGCCGCAAAAGAAGGCUUCGACGAAGGACCGUCACACCAAGGUAGAGGGGCGAGGCCGGAGGAUCCGAAUGCCCGCAACGUGCGCUGCUCGGAUCUUCCAGUUGACCAGGGAAUUGGGUCACAAGUCCGACGGCGAAACCAUCCGGUGGCUUCUGGAACAUGCGGAGCCCGCUAUCAUUGCCGCCACCGGCACCGGCACAGUCCCCGCCAUAGCCAUGUCUGUUAACGGGACCCUUAAAAUCCCAACCACCACAUCCGCCAGCAACAAGCCCGAACCCGAUGAUCCACCCGAAAGAAAGAAACAAAAGCGAUCGACGAAAAGUUCACACGCAGAGCUAAACGACGGCGUUUCACUUUCCGUCGGCCUUGCCCCGAUAUCAGCAACGGCGACGACGACAAAGCCAAGCAUCACAACAGUUGAUAAUAUCCAACAAGCAACAAUACCGUUAGCGCAAGGGUUAGUGCCCAUGUGGGCGAUACCAUCAAACGUCAUCGUUCCACCGGGUACGUGCUUCUUGGUCCCGCCGAUGGGUUCCCUCGCCGGAACUUCCUCCAGCCAGCAGCAGUAUUUCGCCAUCCCGGUGAAUGCGACGCCUCUGAUAACCAUUCCGGCGAGACCCAUAUCGGCCUUCGUCUCGUUAAUGGAGAACAUUGUAGCGCCGGUUCAGCUCCAAGCGGCGACAAUACCUCGGUGCUCAACUGCUCCGUCCGGGAAACUGCCGACUGAACCGACGAUUCGAGCAACGAGCUCAACCUCUGGUGCCACUACCUCAAGCACAACCCAGACGCUAAGAAAAUUCUCAUUAGAGAUUUACGAUAAGGCGGAGCUUCAGCUCAAGUCCGGCUAUUCAUAG